AUGAUAUCGGAAUAUUGGAACGCAACCCUCCAGGACUACUGCUUGAAAGCAUUCGUUGCCGGCAUGGGCGCCCUCUGCGCCGUUCUCAUGCUCCGUCUCUGGCCACAGGAUCCUAUCCCAAACACGGACUCGAAGGAGGAGGAGAAGAAGAAGGAGGAUCAGCAGCAGCGGCCCCACGCGUGGGAGCUUGUGGAUUCCACAUCACCACACGGCACUCGCCGCACGCCUUUCCGCCUCGCACUGGAGGAUCUGAUGGAAGAUACGACAGAAGAUGUAUGA